GACGUCUAUCUGCUCUGCCUACGUCCCGCCAUCUCACAACAGCAGAUGGAGCGCACGGAAGUCCUGAGAACCAGACAGCUCCUUACGACGUGGUUAGCUUUAUUUUAUUCACACCAUUUUAUUAACCGCAGCCCCUAAAGCAAUGCGUACAGAGCCCACGAGUCGAGAAGCGAUUCUAACAACAGAAAAUAAGCAACAUUGGAACACAUAGCUCCUCCGCUGGUUUCUGGAAGUGAGCAUGCGCAGUGCGACCGAGCCGGGUGUACAGGAAGUGAGAGCAAUGGAGAUGCGCACCACAUGCCUGUCUCCAUCAGUGCACAAGAUGGUGUGUCAGCUUGGGUUUGAGAUCAAGGACAAUAUAGAAAUUAUAAAUAUUGUAGACAAGGAUAAUCAAGUGUGCUGGGAUGCAAUAUGUAGCAAAGUGUGUCAUGCGUCUUCAGGAAUAGGGCUGGAUUAUGCUGAAAGUGUCAGGCAGCUGGGGCCCCUAUGUGAAGCCGUGUAUUUAUAUUUCUUGUCCUUGCCAAAUGAGAAGUUUGAAGAAGCAUUUCGAGAAUACUUCCACUGGACAAACAAUAACGAGUUGUUUCUCAGUGUGCCUACUGUACUAAAAAGCAUGGAUGGAACAAGGAUCUCCCUAUUGUUGAUGAAGAUGACAUCUUGCUUAGAGCGUGCCCUUGGAGAUGUGUAUUUAACAAUUGGCAAAGACUGUCCCUUCUUGCUGAGAGACCUCGUUGCAUCUGAAGAGUUGGCAACAAUCUUUGGUAAAUCUGUUAUGGAUGUUCUGAGGAUUUUUAUCGGUUCUCCAGAAAGUUUGAACCUCCGUAACAUCUUAUGGCAUGGAUUUGCUUCACCUCAUGAAAUUCCCCCUAAGUAUUGUUCUGUGCUGCUGCUGUUUACUGGAGGCCUGGGACAGAUCCUACAGGCUCAUCACUCUAACUCUGGAAUGUUACUUGUGCACCGCCCUUACUUUGUUUUUUACAGUGCAGAGGAACUGGAAGUUUUUCCAGAUCUUGAUGAGGAAGUACUGUCUUUGUCUGAAAAGUUGGUGGAAGAAUCCAAAUUUGUGUUUGCUAAUAUGAUGCCCUACUGGAAGGAGGCAAUUACAGCCUUCAAACAAUUCAGAUAUGCAGACUGUGCUAUACUAAUACUUCCACAGCUUGAAACUGGUCUAAGACUCAUCUUUACCACUGUUAACAACUGUCUGGAUCGGAUGCUUACUGCUGAAUCGAACACUCUUUACACAACCUUUGAUGAGAUUUUGGCAAAACAUUUGAAUAAUUCAUCCGACAACAAAGUGCCUAAUGCACUGGGAGAACCAGCAAUGGAAUUCCUGUGGGAUGUUCUAAAUCAUCAAGAAGGCCCACGUGUGAGAGACCACCUUAGCCAUGGGGAAAUACAGCUCUGUGAUUUUCCCAGAGGAAUUGCUAAUGACUUGUUGGGUUUUUCAAUUGUACUGCUCUAUAAGUAUUGUAACCAUAACACUGGCAAGGAGGCGACUAUAUUGUGUCCACUGAUAGAUGCGCUUGGAUCAUAUCGGUCAAGAUUUCAUCCAAUUGCACUCCUUCAGAAACAGGUUUUGCAAUGCAUGACAAGUCUUCAGAAAUGGUUUCUUCUUCCAUCUCCUUGUGUAGGUCACACUUCCACCACAGAUGGGCCUGAUGACAUGACAGAUCCUGGUAUAUCAUUUUGUGCUGAAAUAAUGCAUGUUUUCUCAUUGGUUCGACAUCCAAGAAUGAGUGGGUUCAACAAGGAGGAGUGGGAUCUUCAAACAGACAAGUGGUUUAUUUUCAUAGAAGAGCAUUGUAGCAAACAUUUUUCAAACCUGUAUUGUCAUCGAUGGGUGAUGGAAGUAGUGAGCAUUCUGCGCAGAGUCACCGCAAAGUGCCACUUAGUGUCAAAUAAUAUUAUUUCCACCUUAAAGCUGAGACAUGAACAGUGGGAAAACAAAACAUUGCGGUCACGUCAAAGGCAGAAUUAUAUUCGACUGUUGAGUAGCACCAAGACUUUAUCUGUUGUUAUACGUCUGAUCCUGACACUAAUCAUUGUUGAUUUGCACAACAUUCACAAUGUAUCUUCAAAGAUGCCAUCAGAAUACCAAAAAUACUUGAAGUACUUGAAAUCCAUUUUACAGUAUGCAGAAAAUUUGUCAACAUACACAAAUCAAGAUAAGAACCAAUGGGAUGAAGCAAUGCAGUUAACUAGUAAAAUUAUUAUGAAAAUAAGAAUGUUUUUUGAAGCAAGUAAUCUGAAUGAAAGAUGAUAAACACAUGUAAUACUCAUAAAACAUUCACUACAUAUUCUAGCGGUAUGAAACAAGGGAUGACUAUCAAUAGUUAGAGAACCAAUUCUGAAGAGGCUUCUAUAUAACGAACUCUUCGCUCUCUGUAAAUCAUGAGAGAGAGAGAAUGUAUUUUAUUUUUAUGUAUUUUCUUUAUAAACAGGUAUUAUGAAAUGGUACAUACUCAUAUUUCACACUUGCCGCUUACAGCAAGGAUUUAAUGAGCCACAAAGCAUUUGUGUUGAGAAAAUAGCUAUGAUGAGAUAAAUACCCAAAUAGUAGGAAUGAUCACAUUCCACACUGAACUGAGUUACUCUAUACAGAGCAGGGUCAUCUGCCUUUCUGAGACAGGACUGUAUUUCUUUCUCCAUUACAUAGAUGUUGCCAGUAACUAACGUGGCAGACAACCUAAUGUCCUGGAUGCACUUUGUAUUUUUUGUCGAAAUAAAGUUUUUAUAAAAAAAAAAAAGUGUCUGCUUUAUGACACAAUGACGACAAAUCUCAAGGCUAGAUUUUUAUGGUUUAUACACUCAGGCAUUUUCCUUGAGAUGUUUUUAGAAGCUGAAUGGAAACCAGUAAGAUAUGAUAAUUUGGUUUCUUCCACUGUCACUACACUAAACCGUAAUGAUGUAGGGGGUUUGCAGGAGGAUCCACAAUGCCCAACAGGGGCAUGACACACCUAGAAUUGUCCGUGUGUAAUGGGAGUAGCAUUAUCAUAUAUUCACUUUCAUGUGUUUGAACAUAAGUACCGUUUCAGGGCCAUUUCACCC